AUGGGUGCCGAAAAACGAAUCAAUGACGAGGAAGCACAGCCUCUCACCGGUCGAGAUCGGUCAAGAGACUCCAUCGAUUCCACGUCGACAGCCUCCAUUUCCCUAGCUCUCAUCGACCAAGCAAACCGUUCGACGCACGCGGGUCGAACCACUCCACCUCGAAACUUUGGCAACGGGGAGAAAUACCGUGACAAUGAUGACGAUAAUCCGGAGGGAGGACUUCCACCUCCAUCUGGCGCACAGCGGACGCCGAAGAAAGUGAGCAUCAUAUUCUGGCUCGUGGCGGCACUCUGCGUUGGCGGAUGGCUGGUUGCGUUUUUCGUUUUUAUGGGGAGUCCUAAAAAGGAUUCCGACAAGGAAGUGGUUGUCUCGGGGGCAGAGAACAGUACUGUCCCGGGAGUCGUAUCGACUGGAGGGAAGAAAGUUGACUUGGAUGGAGUGCUAACUGGCUUUUGGAGCCCAAGAAGCCACGAAAUAUCGUGGAUUCCCGGCCCGGACGGUGAAGACGGCUUGCUCCUGGAGCAAGACGGUGAUGAGAAUGCGGGAUAUCUGCGGGUAGAGAAUAUCAGGAAUCAAAAAUCUACGAAUAAAAAAGAUGAUGCCGUCGUUUUGAUGAAAAGAGAAACCUUCAAAGUUGGAGCGAGGCGCGUACGUCCAAGCAAGGUCUGGCCGAGUCCGGACCUGAAAACGGUGCUUGUCAUGUCUGAUCGGCUGAAGAAUUGGCGACAUUCGUAUACCGGGAAUUACUGGCUUUUCAAUGUUGAGACGCAAACUGGGGAGCCUCUUGACCCUGGAUCUCCCGACGGGAGAAUACAAUUGGCAUCUUGGUCGCCCAAAUCUGAUUCCGUGGUUUUCACAAGGGAUAACAAUAUGUUUAUUCGAAAUCUAUCGUCGAAAGAUGUAAAACCGAUCACUACUGAUGGAGGCGUUAAUCUUUUCUACGGUAUUCCCGAUUGGGUAUAUGAAGAAGAAGUGUUCUCCGGAAAUAGUGCUACGUGGUGGGACAAUGACGGCAAAUUUGUUGCAUUCCUUCGAACAAACGAAUCGAGGGUUCCCGAAUAUCCAGUUCAAUAUUUCAUUCCUACUGUUGGAAGAGUCGCCCAUGCGGGCGAGGAGCAUUACCCCAACACGCGAAAAAUCAAAUACCCCAAGGCAGGAGCUCCAAAUCCAACCGUAAACAUUCAAUUCUUCGAUGUUGAGAAAGGGGAAGUCUUCUCGAUUGAAAUGGAGGAUGAUCUUCCGGACCAUGAUCGUCUCAUUAUUGAAGUCAUUUGGGCCUCCAAUGGAAAGGUUUUGGUUCGAGAAACUAACCGUGAAAGUGAUCGACUCAGCAUGGUGCUCGUUGAUGCAAAAGACCGAACAGCCAAGGUAAUUAGAUCGCAAGAUUUCUCUAAGUUGGAUGGGGGAUGGAUUGAACCGUCCCAGUCUACAUACUUUAUACCCGCAGAUCCUGGCAACGGACGACCGCACGAUGGAUACAUCGAAACCGUUCCUUUCGAAGGCUUUAAUCAUUUAGCUUAUUUUACGCCGCUGGACAAUCCUAGCCCGGUUUUCCUCACGUCAGGUAACUGGGAAGUGACAGACGCACCAUCGGCUGUGGACUUGAAACGCGGUCUCGUCUAUUUCGUUGCGGCAAAAGAGCAACCUACUGAACGGCACGUAUACACCGUGAGGCUCGAUGGUUCGGACUUGCAACCGAUAGUAAACACUAAAGCUCCAGCAUAUUACACCAUUUCCCUAUCCACAGGUGCGGGUUAUGCGCUGUUGAAGUACGAAGGCCCGGAAAUUCCCUGGCAAAAGGUUAUUAGCACCCCUGCGAACGAAGAAAGGUUUGAAGAGACGAUAGAAAAUAAUACAGAGCUGGCAGGAAGGGCCAAGGACUACGCACUUCCAUCACUCUAUUAUCAAACGAUAACCAUUGAUGGCUAUACAUUGCCAGUGGUUGAAAGACGGCCGCCAAAUUUUAAUCCAGACAAGAAAUACCCUGUUCUAUUCCAUCUCUAUGGAGGACCAGGGUCGCAGACAGUCAGCAAAAGAUUCAAGGUCGAUUUUCAAUCAUACGUUGCUUCCAACCUUGGGUAUAUUGUAGUGACAGUGGAUGGUCGAGGUACCGGUUUCAUCGGCCGGAAAGCCCGGUGCGUAGUACGUGACAAUCUGGGCCAUUAUGAAGCCAUAGACCAAAUCGAAACCGCCAAAGCUUGGGGGAAGAGGCCGUAUGUUGACGCGACUCGCAUGGCAAUUUGGGGAUGGAGUUAUGGAGGCUUCAUGACGCUCAAAACACUCGAACGGGAUGCUGGACAGACCUUUCAGUACGGCAUGGCAGUGGCUCCGGUAACUGACUGGCAAUUCUAUGACUCCAUCUACACUGAGCGCUACAUGCACACCCCACAGAACAAUCCCGCAGGCUAUGCCAACACCGCGGUCUCGAAUGUCACUGCCCUCGGCCAAACCGUCCGCUUCAUGGUUAUCCAUGGCACAGGGGACGAUAACGUGCAUUAUCAAAACACUCUCACUCUGCUAGAUAAGCUUGAUGUCGACAAUGUGGGGAAUUUUGAUGUCCAUGUUUAUCCAGAUUCAGACCAUGGGAUUUAUUUUCAUAAUGCAUAUAAGAUGCUGCAUGAACGGCUGUCUGACUGGCUUGUCAAUGCAUUUAACGGAGAGUGGGUGAAGAUACGCAAUCCUGUUCCUAAUAAGUCCCUUAUGCGACGCGCGCGUAGUUUGUUAAAGCGAAUGAGCAAUGCCUAG